UUGAUUUAAACGAAUAUACUUGUUUCCAUUCGCUGCUGUAUUCGAGUCUCUCUCCUCCGGUCUCGGAACAUCCCCUCUGCUUCUCUUCCCUCCUGUGCUGCGAAAGAAGCCGCCUCUCGACUUCCCCCCAUGAUUUCCUCGUCUGCCGUGGCCCGUCUCGGCUGCAUCCCGCCAGAUUCUUUGGUACUUAGAAGGAACCACGCUGACUCGCAUCAUUUUCUUGUGUCAAACUUUUCACCACCAAGAGGGAUCUUGAAACAGAUACUUUGUCGAAGUUUGAUCUUCACUCAGAAGCAUAGCAAUCAGAAGGUUCUAUGUUACCAAAAGCAAGAAUUUCCUGUGCUAUCAGAAAGGUCCAUCGAAAAGGUAUAUGAUUCCUUGGCUGAACGUCUUCUUUCAUCUUUUGCAAAGGUUCAAGAUAUCAAUUCAAAGUACAUAGUUGGUUUGGCUGGUCCACCUGGUGCAGGCAAGACGACCCUAUCAUCUGAAGUAGUUCGCCGUCUAAACAAUCUUUGGUCCCAAAAAGCUACUGGAAAGAAUUCUGUUUCACCUCUUGAAUUUGCUAUAGUGCUUCCCAUGGAUGGAUUUCAUCUCUACCGUUCCCAGCUGGAUGCUAUGGAGAAUCCUGAGGAAGCUCAUGCAAGAAGAGGAGCUCCAUGGACAUUCAAUCCAGAACUGCUCUUAAAAUGUCUGCAUUCUUUACGGAAUGAGGGAUCAUCUUAUGCUCCAUCAUUUGAUCAUGGUGUUGGUGAUCCAGUGGAAGAUGAUGUAUUUGUAAGUUCUGAGCAUAAAGUAGUCAUUGUAGAAGGCAAUUAUUUGUUCUUGGAAGAAGGAAUUUGGCAAGAUAUUUGUUCCAUUUUUGAUGAGAAAUGGUUAGUCAUCAGCAUAUUGGGCGAUUCAUGCUUCACUCGUUGUUGGUGGUGUCUUAUCUUUCUCAUAUUGUUCUACAGGAAAAGAGCCAGGUGUUGCAAAAUGGCGGAUCGAGUAUAAUGAUCGACCAAAUGCAGAGCUCAUAAUGGGAUCAAAGAAAAAUGCAGAUCUUGUAAUCAAGUCAGUGGACUUCUAAUUGUGUCAUGCAUUUGUCAAGAGGAAACAAAUCAAAUAAGGCUGGUGUUUCUUCUGGCACAAAAUAAUGGCUGCCAUUUACACAUUCAAACCAUGUUUCCAUAGUCAAUAAAUUGCAUAAGUUACAUUUUUUUUCUAA